CGGGCGCGCUGAGGGAGGGCUCGCAGAGGGAGGGCGCGCUGAGGGAGGGCACACCCGCAGCAGGUGGGCGGGGUGCGGGCCGGCCGCGGCGGGCUGGGGGCUGCCGGGCUGCGCUCGGGCUGAGCGCGGCCGGCCGUGCGUCGCGCCAUGGACUUCAACAUGAAGAAGCUGGCGUCGGACGCGGGCAUCUUCUUCACCCGGGCGGUGCAGUUCACAGAGGAGAAAUUCGGCCAGGCUGAGAAGACUGAGCUGGAUGCACACUUUGAAAACCUUCUCGCCCGGGCAGACAGCACCAAGAACUGGACAGAGAAAAUCCUACGGCAGACAGAGGUGCUGCUGCAACCCAACCCCAGUGCCCGAGUGGAGGAGUUCCUGUACGAGAAGCUGGACAGGAAGGUGCCCUCGCGGGUCACCAACGGGGAGUUGCUGGCACAGUACAUGGCAGAGGCGGCCAGUGAGCUGGGCCCCACCACUCCCUAUGGGAAGACACUAAUCAAGGUGGCAGAAGCUGAAAAGCGCCUGGGAGCCGCAGAGAGGGAUUUUAUCCACACAGCCUCCAUCAACUUCCUCACGCCUCUGCGCAACUUCCUGGAAGGGGACUGGAAGACCAUUUCGAAGGAGAGACGUCUCCUACAAAACCGGCGUCUGGACUUGGAUGCCUGCAAAGCACGGCUGAAGAAGGCCAAGGCUGCGGAAGCCAAAGCCACGACGGUGCCUGACUUUCAGGAGACUAGACCACGUAAUUACAUUCUCUCGGCCAGCGCCUCCGCGCUCUGGAAUGAUGAGGUGGACAAGGCCGAGCAGGAGCUCCGAGUGGCCCAGACGGAGUUUGACCGGCAGGCAGAAGUGACCCGACUCCUGCUGGAGGGAAUCAGCAGCACUCACGUGAACCACCUUCGCUGCCUCCAUGAGUUUGUGGAGUCCCAGACAACUUACUACGCGCAGUGCUACCGCCACAUGCUGGACUUACAGAAACAGCUGGGCAGAUUCCCAGGCACCUUCGUGGGCACCACAGAGCCCGCCUCCCCGCCCCUCAGCAGCACCUCACCCACCACCGCCGCGGCCACUAUGCCCGUGGGCCCCUCUGUGGCUGGCCUGGCCCCUCCAGGAGAGGCCGCUCUCUGCCUGGAGGAGGUGACCCCCCCCGCCAGCGGGACCCGGAAGGCCCGGGUGCUCUACGACUAUGAGGCAGCCGACAGCAGCGAGCUGGCCCUGCUGGCUGAUGAGCUCAUCACUGUUUACAGCCUGCCUGGCAUGGACCCUGACUGGCUCAUCGGCGAGAGAGGCAACAAGAAGGGCAAGGUCCCGGUCACCUACUUGGAACUGCUCAGCUAAGCAGGCCCCCUCCAGGCCCCUGGGGCCCCCUCUGGCCUGGGCGGGAGAGGACGGGGGGAGGGGGUCGGCAGCCCUGCCACUUGUCUGUUGGUGACUCAGCUCAGGGUGGGGCGACUAGCCCCAUUCUGUCCGUGCCCCCGGUCAUCCGGCUGUGCGGGGGCCCCUCCCCCAGCCCCGCUUCUG